AUGGAUUAUUAAUUAUUGAUAAGAGAUUAUGAAAAAGUCAAAGAAAUAACUUAAGGAGAAAAAGAUAUUUAUUCUCAAUUAAUCAAUUUUAAAUGCGAAAAACUAUCAGAAUUAUCAGAUUCUUAACCCUUUUUACCUGACGAAAUAUUGAACAAUCAGCAUUUUAUAGAUUAAUAUCAAAUUGAAAAUCUAUAUGUGAUGGAUAUUGAAUCUAAUAAAUAUUAAUUAUUGAAUUUUAUGAGGGAAGAUAAUCAAAUAACAAAACAAGUUUUUGAAAAUGAAUUAACAUAUCCAACUUUUGAACCUUAUUUAAUAUAAUUGUAAAAAUUGCCAAACUAAGAUAUACAAAGAAAAGUAAGUUGGUUAGAAGUCAUUUAUAAAUUAAUUCAAAGCCCUAAAUAAAAAAAGUCAAUAAAAUUUUAGACUUAUAAUUAAUUAAUAAUAUGGCAAUAAGUAUUUAUCUAAGUUUCCAAAGAAAUAACUUGUAAUGAAGAAUAUUUUAGAAUUCUAAGAAAACCUUUAAAGGAAUUAUUUAGAUUAAGCCUUAUCCAAAUAUUAUCAAUUUUAGAUCGGAACAUUUACAAAUAUUUUGAACAAUUACAUAAUCUUAUAAAUAAUGAUUUAAUGCAAAUCUUUUAAGAUUCUCAAUUAAGAAUCACAAUAAUAUAUUCUUUAGCAAAGAUUGUUUUUCCAAAAUUAGAUUCAAAGUAUUUAAAAAAAAUAUAUUAGUGAAGAAUUGCCCAAAGAACAUAUUAAAAUAUUGACUAUUUUGAUAAGCCAUGAUAAAAUUAACAAGAUUCCUCAUUUCGUUUCAUGGUUAGAGUUUUUCGAGUUUCUAUUAUUCUUUAUGCUUUCCGAAAUAAAUUUAAAAAAGGAACACAUUUUUUAAAAGAAUUUAGAAGAUAAAAUAAAGAAGGAACAUCCUGACAUACCUUUUAUAGAUUAAUUAUGGUAUUAUGUAGCUGUCAAUUUCACAUAGUAAAACAUAAAACUAAAUUAAUCUUUAAAAAAAUUGAUAUCACAUAAUGUUUAUUCAUUAAUAAAUAUUUAUUGUGUAAGAUACAAUAAAUAUUAAUUAAUGAAUUAGAUUUUAGAGUUUCUAUUGAUAACUCCAUUUGAAGAUGAUGUCUUAAGAAUGAAUAUGUGUAUAAUCUUAUUCAAUGCUGAUGAUUACAAUAAAUUGCAUCAAAUGAUUCAAUCAUUAUUAGCAAGUGAAUAAAUAAAAGACCAUGAAUUUAGACCUGUAAUUAUUAGUAUGUGUGUAAUGUUUACUGGAGUCUACUUAGGAAAAGGAGAAGUAAUUAUUUUAAUCAAUAAUUAAUAGGAGGCCUUAUGUUUUGCAAGAAUGAAUUACAAUGACUAUAAUAGAGGUAUCAUAACACUUGACACAUUACUUGCUCAAAUAGGAUAUUGUUUUUAAAAUUUAGGAAAAUCAGCUAAGUAUGUUUUUGAAAAGGAGCAUUUUUAUAUUAAAGCUUUAGAAUAUUAUUAAAAAAGUAUAGAAUCAAAUCCAGAUAAUCAUCUGGUUCAAUAUAAUUAUGGAAAAUUGCUGGCAAUAACAGGAGAUAUUAAAAGAGCCUUUUAUCAUGUGGAUUAAGCAUGUAAAUUAUGCGGAGCUUAAAUCAAUUUUAAAAUUUUACGAGCUCUUCUCUACUAAACCCAACAUGAAAAUCAAACUGCUUUAUAAAUAAUAUCUUCACUAUUAAUUAUAAAAUAAAGCCCAUUAUUAUAUCUAAUUAAAGCAUCAAUUUUGACUGAAAUAUAUUUACUUAAUUUAUUAAAUGAGAAAGAAUUGUAAUACUCUCAAUGUAUAAGUGAGGAAUUAAAAUAAUUUGUUGUAAAAAAAUUUUAAAAAUCUAAAGAAGUUUAGUCAAUUUUAUAAAAUUUAAAAAAAUUUCUUCUUGGAGUUUCAAGAAAGAUUUAUGAAUUUGAUUAAAAUGAUCAAUUUAUUGCUUAAUUACCUACACUCAAAAGUAUGCAAAACUUUGAUAUUGAUCCUCUCACUUAUAUAAAUUAUAGAAAUGUAUGACAUAAAUAAUAUUUAAUAGUGUAUAUUUAAUACUAUUGAUAUACUGAUUAAAUUAUAAAUAUUUGAUUUGGCAAAUUAAGUCUUAGAAUUAGUUGAUGAUGGGAAUGAAUCAAAUGGAAAUGAAAAGUUAUUUUAUGUAUAAUAUUCAUUUAGACUUUUAGUAAGGAUUAUUAGAAGAAAAUAAAGAGAAAAUAGAUAUAGCAUGUUAAUAUUAUGAAGAAGUACUCAGAACUGACUUUUAUCAUGUUAGAGCUAUGUCAAGAUUAGGAUUAUUAUACCUUAAACAUUAUAAGGAUAGUAAAAUCUAAAGAGCAAGUGAAUUAUUGAUAGCAGCAUCUAAAUUCGAUAAGAACCAUGAAAUAUGGUAAAUUAAUAAUUAUAUUUUAUAGCUUAGGAUUAGGUAUUUUAAAUUAAUUAUAAAAUAAUAAUAGUGAAGCUUAAAAAUUUUUGAAUGAUGCUCUACGAUUAUUAAGAACAUCUCCAAUUGUCAGUUUUUAAAUGAUUCCAGACAUUUUAUUUGGUUGA